CGUGUGGCAACAGUUUUCUCUUGCAUGCUAAGCAUAGGACUUUCACAGGACAUAUUUCCGUUUUUUUUUUUUUUUUGUGCGAAAGGAUUGCUGUCUUUUUGUGUGCACUGUUCUGCUGCAGUCGUAAGAAAACAGAGCUUAAAGUCAUUGUCUCGUUAAUAAAUUACUAUUACUACUGCUACUAUGCUGUUUGUCUCUCCCCCUCAAAAUCUCCACCAUCUUUCUGAUUUUUUAUCUUCAUCGAGAUUAUUCCCUCCCUGACCUCAUGAUGCGAUCCAUUUGAUGCACUUCUUGGCUUCCUCUCCCUUGUCUUAAACCCAUUUGAUUCUCUCAUACUCUUCUUUCAAAAUUACAAAUUUUUGGAGUAAAAAGGUCUCAGUUUGUAAUUUUUAAAAAAAAAUUUAACUUCGCAUUUUUUUCCUCCCUCCAUAAUUCUGUUUAAAACUCACCAUAGACAACAACAAAAAUGCCCAUCAUAACAUUACCCACUCUUCUUCUUGUUCUUCUUCUUCUUCCUGUGUCUCCAAUAGCAAAGCAGAAAGCACCAUCUUUUUCAUUCUUAAAAGCUUACUCAAAAUCUCUCUCUUCAGCUGGCUCAAAUUUUUUCAAACCAAAACUCUUAGCAAAAAUGCUUCUCCUUGUCCUCUCUUUUUUCUUCUUCACCUUUCCUUCACCUUCCCUUUCUCUCAACCAAGAAGGCAUCUACCUUUUCCAAGUCAAAGCCUCCCUUUCCGACCCUGACUCCACCCUUUCCUCAUGGAACUUUAGUGACCCAACCCCAUGCAACUGGCGUGGCGUUUCGUGUGACUCUGCCACUGGCUCCGUCACUUCCCUUGACCUCUCUAACACCAACCUCGCAGGGCCUUUCCCUUCCCUUCUUUGCCGUCUUCAAAACCUUUCCUUCGUUAACUUCUGCAACAACAGCAUCAAUUCCACCAUCCCUUCAGACAUCUCCACGUGUCAGAAUCUUAUCCACCUCGAUCUCUCCCAAAACCUCCUCACUGGUGAACUCCCCCGCACUUUGGCUGACCUCCCUAACCUUAAAUACCUCGAUUUAACUGCUAACAAUCUAUCAGGAGAUCUUCCGGAGUCGUUCGGUCGGUUCCAAAAGCUCGAGGUUUUGUCUCUCGUUUACAACCUCCUCGAUGGCACAAUCCCCGCAUUUUUAGGAAACAUUAGUACGCUAAAAAUGCUUAAUUUAUCCUACAACCCGUUUAGUCCUGCUCGGAUACCACCGGAACUUGGCAACUUAACUUACUUAGAGAUUUUGUGGAUCACUAACUGUAAUUUAGUUGGCGAGAUUCCUGACUCCCUGGGUCGACUCAACAAACUCACAUAUUUGGACCUUGCCACUAACCACUUGGUAGGGAAGAUUCCGAGUUCGCUCACUGGGUUGGUUAGUGUAGUUCAGAUUGAGCUGUACAACAACUGGCUGUCCGGCGAGUUACCUCGCGGGUUCUCGAAUUUGACCAAGCUGAGACUCCUCGACGUUUCGACGAACCAGUUAACGGGAAAGAUUCCGGACGAGUUGACUCAGCUGCCACUCGAAAGUCUCAACCUUUACCUCAACAGCUUCGAAGGAACUUUACCACCGAGUAUCGCCGACUCUCCAGCCCUGAACGAACUCAAAAUCUUUCAGAACAGACUCACGGGAGAGUUACCUCAAAACCUCGGCAAAAACUCGCCGCUUAGAUGGCUUGACGUCUCCGAAAACCAAUUUACCGGCCCUAUACCACCGAGUUUAUGCGAGAAAGGGAACCUAGAAGGGAUUCUGAUGAUAUACAACUCGUUUUCGGGUCAAAUACCGUCGACUUUAGCCGAGUGUCGGAGCCUGAACAGGAUCCGACUCAGUUACAACAAAUUAUCCGGUGAAAUACCCGCCGGUUUCUGGGGUCUCCCUCACGUGUAUUUACUCGAGCUUGUUAAUAACUCGUUCUCGGGUCAAAUUGGGAAAUCAAUCGCAAAUGCAGCGACUUUGUUGCGGUUGAUUAUAUCAAGCAACGAGUUUAGUGGUUCGUUGCCUGAAGAAAUUGGUUUAGUACAUACUUUACUUCAAAUUUCUGCUAGUAACAAUAAGUUUAGCGGGGCGUUGCCUAAAAGUAUAGUGACGCUCGAUGGACUAGGGGUCCUUGAUCUUCAUGGGAAUGAGCUGGAAGGGGAAUUGCCUAGUGGAAUUGAGUCUUUGAAGAAGUUAAACGUGUUGAAUUUAGCUAAUAAUGAGUUUUCGGGGAAGAUUCCUGAUGGAAUAGGGAGUUUGUCUGUGUUGAAUUAUCUUGAUUUUUCUAAUAAUCAGUUAACGGGAAGGAUUCCCUUCGGUUUUCAGAAUUUGAAGCUCAAUCAGCUUAACCUGUCGAAUAAUUUGUUAUCCGGUCAGAUCCCGCCUUGGUUUGAUAUUGAAAUAUACAAAAACAGCAUUUUGGGCAAUCCUGGUUUGUAUUUUGGGAGGGAUGGAGCUAAGCAUAAAGGUUAUAUUUGGUUGUUUAGAUCCAUUUUUGUUUUAGCCGCUUUGGUGUUUGUUGUUGGUGUGGUUUGGUUUUACUUCAAGUACCUGAGUAAUAAGAAAGCAAGGGAUAAGUCUAUGUGGACUUUGAUUUCGUUUCAUAAGUUGGGUUUUAGUGAGUAUGAGAUAUUGGAUUGUCUUGAUGAGGAUAAUGUGAUAGGGAGAGGAUCUUCAGGGAAAGUUUACAAGGUUGUGCUUAGUAAUGGAGAGGCUGUUGCUGUGAAGAAGCUUUGGGGAGGACUGAAAAAGGGUUGUGAGAGUGUAGAUCUUGAGACAGGUCAGGCUCAGGUUCUGGAUGAUAGGUUUCAAGCUGAGGUCGAGACGUUGGGGAAGAUUAGGCACAAGAAUAUUGUUAAGUUGUGGUGCUCUUGUACUACUCGGGAUUGCAAGCUUUUGGUGUAUGAAUACAUGCCAAAUGGUAGCUUGGGAGAUUUGUUGCAUGGCAAUAAUGGUUGUUUGCUGGAUUGGCAGACGAGGUAUAAGAUUAUUGUGGAUGCAGCUGAGGGACUUUCUUAUUUGCAUCACGAUUGUGUGCCUCCAAUUGUGCAUAGAGAUAUCAAGUCCAACAAUAUCUUGUUGGAUGGGGAUUUUGGCGCUAGAGUGGCUGAUUUUGGAGUUGCCAAGGUGGUUGAUGCAACUGGAAAGGAUGCCAAGUCCAUGUCUGUGAUUGCAGGGUCUUGUGGUUACAUUGCUCCAGAGUAUGCAUAUACUCUUCUAGUGGAUGAGAAGAGUGAUAUCUACAGUUUUGGCGUAGUUAUACUUGAGAUGGUCACAGGCAGACUCCCAAUUGACCCAGAGUUCGGGGAGAAGGAUCUGGUAACAUGGGUCUGCAUCACUCAAAAUCAGAAAGGACUGGAUCAUGUUCUUGAUUCCAAACUUGACCCUUGUUUAAAGGAAGAAAUAUACAAGGUCCUCGACAUCGGACUCCUCUGUACUAAUCCACUCCCAAUCAACCGCCCGUCAAUGAGAAGGGUGGUUAAGCUGUUGCAAGAAGCUGCUAAUGAUAACCUGCCCAAGGCUGCUAAAAAGGAUGGAAAAUUGAUUCCUUACUACUAUGAAUCUUAUGCCUCAGAUCAAGGAAGUGUGUCUUUAGAAAUUUUUCUUCAUAGCUUGUUCCAAAAACAAGGCCACGAGAGUGUGAUAUGGAAAGAGGAUUGAGUGGUUUUGCUUUUCAAUCAUUGUACACCCACUUGAUGUUUGCUUUACCGGAUGAAAAGAGUAUAGGGUUGGAAAUUCCCACAUCGAGACAGAGAUGGAGAGAAAAAAAAAAAUUCUCAAUGCGUUUAACAUAUCAAAGUUCCCUCAUUAAAGUAAAAUUAAAAAUUAAAACUUACAAUAUCCGGUCGUGUUUCACAUUUAGGGGCCAUGCAGAUGCGCAACAGAAGGGUUAAAAAUUAUUGUUUGUGAAAAAGUAGGAAGUUGCAAACAAGUCGUAGAUUCCCAUUGAAGCCCUAAUAAAACCACGACUUUGAAAUGACCAUUCUCUUUCAGUAUUUUAGAUCGAAAAGUUGGAAUCAAAUGCUUGAAAAUGAUCUUAUAUUUGCCUGGCAAUCUUGCUCUUUCUCCCCUGUCCCCAAACUUGGGUUGCUAAUCGAGCUUUAGUAAAC